GAGUCAACUGACAAAAUGUCUUCAAAUUUAAAAAUUGAGAAGCAGCACUUUAAAUCCAACUCUACACCGUUUUAAUGCAUGUAUUAGUUUUAAUAAUGAUUUUUGGUGCAUGCCUUUGGGCUUAUUCAAAAGUGUACAAUAGAAAAGUAUAUUUCCUUUCUUAGAAAGGAGAUGUUUUUCUACUUUGCAACAUGUGAUUACAAAAAUCUUCCUCUGUUGGAAGAUUAACCAUAUAUUGAACUACUGAAAAGUAUAUAUUUUUAGAUAUACAGAAGGAAUCUACAUGGAGCAGCAUUCAGACCUAUAUAGAAGUCAUAGCAUUCUGUAUAGGACCAAAAAGGAAGUAACAUUAAACACUUAAACAGACUUCGUCGGGUAGAAAUACCUUCAGAUCUUGCAUUGACUUCCAAAAAGAAAAUGCCACAGAAGUUUGUUGAAACUUUUGUUUGAAUUUUCUCUGUCAGUGUAUUUAACCCAAAUACAACAGCUUUGGGUUAGCACAUAUGUAAGAAUCAAAAAACAAAACUAAGUAGAUCAGUCUGGUUUGCCAAUCCAGCUUGACUGAAUAAGUAAACUAAUCACUUGCAACAUGAAAAACUGUCCAACUCCUCUGAGGUUUUGACAAAAUAACCGUGGCUGAUGUGGGAAGACUCCCACUUUGAUUUCUGACCCGACAGUGAAGAUUCAUGCUUGACAUGAUUUCAAACCUGACUGUCUGUUUAAGGAGCCAUGGUACAGUUUGCUAAUUCAAUCCCAGAUACCUGUUGAUUACCUGUGAGAUCUAGAGUCCAAAGUAGCCAGCAGCUGUAUCCCUGAGUGCUCUGUGCCCAUCAGAUAUCAUAAAGUAAGCAGAGUUGGGACAGGUCGCAGCUCAGAUGAUUGACCUCAGGUGCUGUAGACAGCCCCAGAUUCAAAAAUUGUAUCUGCAUUCUUGGGCGUCAUCACUGAACUGAUGUCCCACACUGUGUUACUUACUGUAGAUGCUCUCUUUUAGAGAAGGCCCAGAGCACACAUCCUAAUUGCUUGUGGUACUCAGAGAGGGGGUGCUAACUCUGAUGCCCUGGCCAAAUUCCAGUUUAGGGAUGUGGGUCUUCCUGUCAUUCUAAUUGGAAAUGUGCAUCACUUCCCAUUUUUCCUAAUUCUCUGAGUGCAAACUAUACUAGUCUGUUUCUUUGCCCUAGUCCCAAGUCUCCAAGAAACUGGUGUGUAUUAAAUGGGCCAAGUUCAUGCCUUAUCCUAAUGCACAAGAGUUGAAGAAUGAGUGAGCUUGGUGUCAGGAUGCCCUGUGGUUGGAGGAUGGACUCUUGUGAUGCCCGGCAGAUGAAAUCUUUGGCCCUCUUUUUGCAUAAGUUAGGGAAUGUGCACUGGCUGGGGCUUCUAGCCAUGAGGUGUGAGCUGAAACCAAUUUUCCCUCUUUUCUUAUGACAUGAUUAGAAUAUCUGUUGGGUUUUCAGCAGUCAGGGAAGGCCGGAGUUCUGCAGCUUCAAUCUGGGUAACUAGGCUGGUUUGAAACAAGACUUUGGUUAAUUAACUGGGUUCUCAGAUGCCACAGACUCCGUGAGAAGUCACCAUUAUUUUCAAUGGUUGUGAUAGAAUUUUCCCCUAGUAGCCAUUAUUUUAAGAUUAUAUUGCAGAGUUGCUUUAUUUUGAGCUUUUUGUGUAUACACAAUCCCAACUGGAAGAAAUUUUAAAAAAGGAAUCCUGCUGUGAAAGGUAUAUAUUACUCUAGAUUUUUCUUACUGUAAAUAUUGUAAGAUUGUAAUACUGUUGAUAUUUUAUUAACCAACAAAUGUUAAUCUAUGUGAAUUCAGACUUAUUUUAAAUGUGCUUCUUAUUUUCUGUGUGUGGUCCCUGUUGCUGACAGUAUUAAGUUAUAUUCUGAUGUAAGAUUAACUUUAUUAAAGAAUGUAAACAUUAAUGUUUCCUUAUGGGAAAACAAAUAAAGUAUAAAGAAGACAAUUCUUUUCAUUGAAAUAUACUGUGUAUUUACACUUGCUAGACCCAGCACCACUUAUAAAUUUACAACACUGUUCAGAAUUUUAGUUAACGCAGCUGACAUGGUUGUGCACUGGUUUGGAAGUCUAAGAGUAGGUAUUGUUGGAAUAUAAAAAGUUUGUAUUUGUCUGCUGUGAAUCAUAAUUUUGAAAUUUCUAAUCAUGUUUGUAAAAUUUUUAUAGUAAACAUUUUAAUGACAAUUUAAAAAUUUAUCUUCUCUAAAAAAUGGUCAAAACAUAUCUGUUCAAAAAUAGAAUUGUUCUUUAAUAUCUUUCCAAAAUGACUUUGGUUAAAUGGACCAGAUGUAUAUUAGUUAAAAUUUAGGACUAAGUUGUUGAUAUUCUUUGAGUUUACAAGUUAAUCCUUAUUGGAAAUGUGCCAAUAUACAGUAGAAUAUCAUUAAUUUGCACUGUUUGGGGACCCCAUUUAAGAAUGCUGAAUUUUGCCAACUAAAAAGUAAGCAAAUGUAAUUUAAAAGUAAAUUUGAGCAUUCUGUAUUAAAUAUGUGCAGUUAUUAUCAUAUGAAGAAGCGCAGUGUGUUGGGCUGUAAUAUAACCAUAUUUGCUGUCAUGUUCUCCCAUCUCAGUGCUGGGAACUCACCAUGUGGAAACCAAGCAAACGUGUUGUGCAUCAGCCGGCUUGAGUUUGUUCAAUAUCAAAGCUGAAACUAGCGAGGUCUGCUGUACUGCUUAUUGAAGUAUUGUGAUUCUUUUAGGCAUUGAUUCUUACAAACUAUAUACUGUAACAGUAUACUUUGUACAGAUUUAAAUUUUAUUUGAAAAAAUGAAAUAAAGUAGGCAAAAAAUAAAGAUGUUUAUUUUUCAUGUGACUA